CCUCUAUAAAUACAGUUACCAUGGAAGCAAUCGCACAUAGCUCAUUUUAACAACCUGCGCCAUCUCACCUUUCUCUCUCCUCUCUUAUCUGAGAGAAUGCCCCCCUUUUUCAACUGCCUGUCACCAAAAAAUUAAAUAAAAAGAAGAAUCGCAGCCCGAAGCAAAAGCAAAGGCUAUAGGAAUAUCCUAAGCGAUCCCCAAGCCAAGCCCCCGACUUUCUCUCUCUAUAAAUACCACGCUCUCUCUGUCCUCGUCUGUCCUUCUUCUUCUUCUUUUAUAAGCUGGAUAUGAAAGUGGAGCUCAAUCCUAAUCAUCACCAUCAGGAUCAAGGGACCAAGACCGAGAUGUGCAGGACUAUCGAAGUCGUCGCCGGAGGCGUUGUGCUCUCUCCGGCGAAGCAAGUCGCCGGCGCCGACGACUGCGCCGACGACCUCUUCAUUCCGCCGCUCAACUUCUCCAUGGUCGAUAACGGCAUUUUCAGGUCCGGCUUCCCGGAGUCCGCCAACUUCUCCUUCCUCCAAACCCUAGGCCUCCGCUCCAUCAUAUGUCUGUGUCCAGAGCCGUAUCCAGAGGCGAACGUGGAGUUUUUAAAGUCCAAUGGGAUUAAGCUCUUUCAAUUUGGGAUUGAAGGCUACAAGGAGCCUUUUGUAAACAUCCCAGAGGAUACAAUCCGUGAAGCGCUAAAAGUUGUCCUUGAUGUAAGGAAUCAUCCUGUCUUAAUUCAUUGUAAACGAGGGAAGCAUCGAACUGGUUGUCUUGUGGGAUGCUUGAGAAAAUUGCAGAGGUGGUGCCUGACAUCUGUAUUUGACGAAUACCAGCGGUUUGCAGCUGCGAAAGCCAGAGUUGCAGAUCAAAGGUUCAUGGAGAUGUUUGAUGUUUCUAGCUUGAAACAUCUACCGAUGCCAUUUUCAUGUUCAAAGAGGUAAAAUCAGCCAAGUAUUAUUGAAUGGCUUUUGCUUCUUCUUUUAGUCAAAGAAGAGAAUCCUAGGUCCUUUCUACUUUGUCGGAAUAAAUAGGAAAAGGUGAUGAUGAGUUCCUGGUAUGCAUUUCAGCGGAAAAGGAAUUAUUUCUUCUUUUUUUUCCUUAUUCAUAAAUAAUAAGCAGCCUAUAUAUAAUCUCACUUUAUGUGCUUUGAGUGUUAGUACCCUUUUUUCCUCA